UCAGAUACUGCCGGCUGACAGAAGUGGCCGAGCCAGUUAUUUCCACACAGCUUUAAAGAGUGGAAGUGACGCCAGGCGGUCAAAGAAGACCUGAAGACAUGGCAGAUACAGCAGCUGUAGAAGUAGCUCCUCUCCCCAAACAGCCACAACAGCAGCAGCAGAACCUGUGUCAUGUCUGCUCGGGUAAACUGAGCGGAGAGGAGCCGGCAGCUUGUGGUCACUCCGUAUGCGGUUCCUGUCUUGGAGACAAAAGUAAAGGAUGUCCACAGUGUCCCGUCAAGCCUGGCAGUCCCAAACAGAAUGGAACAGCUGACGCUCAUGUUCAUAAAAACAGUGAGAAACAGAGUCAAGAGUCAACGACAGCAGAGGAGACCGAGAUCCAAAAAAACCUGAAGGAGUCUGAGGACCCCAAGAAGCCUGAAGAGGACAAAAAGGAAGCAGAACCACAGACAGAAGAAGGACCAAAAGAGGACCAGGAUAAGGAGGAACCUCUGGGCCCCGACGAUGUGGUAUGUGACUCUUGCAUCGAGAGUCCCCGCAGGGCCCUCAAGUCCUGCCUCACCUGCUUGGUGUCGUACUGCGAGGCCCAUCUCAGGCCUCACCUGGAAAAUCCGAAAUUUCAAAACCACCGGCUGGUGGACCCGCUCAGGGACAUCGAGAGGCGGACCUGCGAGAGCCACAAGUGGCCCCUGGACCUGUUCUGCUCCACCGACUCCUGCUGCAUCUGCCAGGACUGUGUGAACGAGGACCACAAGGGGCACAAGACCGUGUCUGUGGUGGAAGCUCGUAAUCAGAUUGAGAACGAACUGAGGGAGAAACAGAUUGAGAUGAUGAAGACGAUGACGGCGGCAGAAAAUGCCAUCAACAAACUUCAGCUCAACACAGUCUCCAUUGAGCAAUCUGUGAAGGAUGUACGAGCAGUGAUCGAGAGCCAGUUUGAGGAGCUGCAAGCGGUGGUGGAGAAAGCCAAGAAGGAGGUGACGGAGAUCUUGGAGGGUGAGGAGAAGCAGGCACUGCAGCAAGCCGAGGGCAUUCGGGUUCACCUGGAGCAGAGGUGCACAGAUCUGAAGAAGACUCAGGUGCAGAUGGAGAAGAUUUCCAAGAACAAAAAUGAUGUGGAUUUCCUGCAGGAAUACGCAGAGUGGAAGAAAGAAGCCACUGAUAUCUCCCUGCCUGGUGUCUACAUCGGCCUGAUGGACUGUCUGAAUCACUUCAGCCGUGUGAUUGUCGACUCCACGCAGGAGCUCUGUGCCAUGCUGGUGUCUUCAUACAUAGGCAAAGUCAAAGAAACAUGCAAAAGCGACAAAGUGGGAAUAAAGACAACAGUAAAGGCUAUUGUUGCAGCAAAACACAUCAAGUCUCUUCCAGAUCCAGUGACACGGGCGGACUUCCUCAAGUAUGCUGCCCAAGUGAGUUUUGAUCCUGCAACGGCUCAUAAGUUCCUCCGCCUAACGGAGGAUAACAAAAAGGUGACAAACACCUCGCCCUGGCAGCAUCCUUACCCUGAUGUGCCCGAGCGCUUUGAGAACUGCCGUCAGGUUCUGGCUGUGGAGAGCUUCUAUAUGGGCCGGCACUACUUUGAAGCAGACAUCCAAGGUGAAAGCACUCAUGUUGGCCUCACAUACAAGAGCAUCGACCGCAAGGGCAACGAGAGCAACAGCUGCAUCACGGGGAACGGCUUCUCCUGGUGCCUUCAGUGGAAUGGCCGUAACUUCUCCACCUGGCACUGUGAUGUGGAAACUCCCCUGAAUGUGGAGAUGUUUAGUCGUAUUGGGGUUUAUGUGGACUAUACGCGAGGCCUACUGGCAUUCUACGGGGUGGGUGAGACCAUGACGCUCAUCCACAAGUACCAGACGGAGUUCCUGGAGCCUUUGUACCCAGCGGUCUGGCUGCCCAAGAAAGAGAACAAUGUUCUCUUGGUGGCGCCUGGGGAACCUUUACCUCCGAAAACCCCAUCUCCUCCCACCUCACCUACAACAGAAGAUAUUGCUUCAUAAACCGCUUUUCUUGGAGAACUUAAGUAUAGGAGAGUAUUGUACUGAUUCUGGAAAGUAAGAGAUGAACUCUUGAACUGUUACAACUUGUUUACAGGAGAUUUAUUUUUGCUGCAAAACUAAUAAUCUGUUUCUCAUUUGGGAUCACGUCAUGUUGAUGCUCUUCACCGGUGUGUCUUUGGGACUACUGUUACUGAAAAUGUUCUAUAUUUUCUGUAUGCAAAUAA